AUGUCUUCAUCAGAAAGUGCUGCGUCACAUGAAGUCUGUGAAGCAUCACCUUCUACAUCAGUGGCUGAACUGAGGAUUGUUCUGGUGGGAAGGACAGGAACAGGCAGAAGCUCAUCAGGCAACACCAUCCUCGGCCGGUCCGCCUUCUGGGUGGAUGUGUCCCCCUGCUCGGUCACCACACAGUGCAAGAGACAGACUGGGAAAGUGGACGGGCGGAGUAUCUCUGUGAUCGACACUCCGGGGCUCUUCAACACACAGCUGUCCCCUCAAGAGGUCAUGGCAGAGGUGGGACAGUGUGUUGUCCUGUCCUCUCCUGGACCUCACAUCUUCUUGGUGACCCUACAGCUUGGCAGGUUCACCCAGGAGGAGAGGGACACCUUGGAAUGGAUCAAGGCUACGUUUGGGUCUGGAGUCACCAAGUUUACCAUGGUGCUGUUCACCUGGGGAGACCAGCUGCAUGGCAAACGUAUCGAGGACUUCCUGGAGGAAAGCGAUGAGCUAUCAGAGAUUGUCAACAGUUGCCACGGAGGGUAUCACGUCUUUGAUAAUAGCGGACAGGACAGGACAACAGGGUGUGCAGAACAAGUCGCACAACUUAUGAAAAAGGUAGACAAGAUAGUGGAGGACAAUGGAGGCGGUUGCUAUAGCAAUGAUAUGUUCAAAGAGGCUGAGAAGGCCAUCAAGGAGGCACAACAGAGGAUGCUGGGACAAAAAGAACAUAAGGCAGAGUCCCUUCAGAGGGACGCCGAAGACAAAGAGGAGCCGGGACCAGAGUUAGAGAGGAGGAAGAGGAGAGAAGAGGAGGAGAAGAGGAGGGAGGAAGAAGAGGCUAGUAAGGGGGCACAGAAGCUGUUCUUGUGUGAGCUUCUGACUGCAUUGGGCAAAGGUGCUGCAGAGGGGGCAGGGAUCAUGGGGAAAGAUAAAGGGAAAGGGAAAGCUGUGAAGAAGGUAAAGGUGGUGGAGAAGGCAGCAGCUCUGGCAGCCUCGCCGCUCUCCAUCAGUUCAGCUGCAAAAGCGGUGGGAGGGGCUGUGAGAGAAGGAAGUAAGGUGCUAUACAAACAUCGCAAAACAUUACUGCACUAA